CCCAACCGAGUUCGAUUUCUAUCUGUGCAGCCAUGCUGGCAUCCAGGGUACAAGCCGCCCCACCCACUAUCAUGUACUCUAUGAUGAGAACGCGUUCACAGCCGAUGGUCUGCAAAUGCUGACAAACAGCUUGUGCUAUACGUAUGCGAGAUGUACUCGCUCGGUGUCCCUAGUUCCUCCUGCAUACUAUGCGCAUCUUGCAGCUUUCCGUGCUCGUUACUAUAUUGAAGGCACUGACUUCUCUGACAGUGGAUCGGCUUCUGAUGCUGGUCGGGGUGCUACACGGGAGAGGAACAGAGAGGUUGGACCUCUGCCCAAGAUCAAAGACAAUGUGAAGGAUGUGAUGUUUUACAUCUGAUCCUUCUGCAUUUUUUGAUGGUAAUAUAUUAUCUGAUGCUGCCUUAAAAACAAUUCAGUUUUUGCCUAAACUAUAAACGAUUGGCCUUUUGAUGGAUAUAAUCUCUGUUUUAAGAGGU